CAUAAAAAGAGCUCCAGCUGAAAUCUCUGCAGACAGGAGCUCAGAUUUUAACAGACAGCAAACAGCUGGACCUCUAUUUCAACUAAUUUAGAGUUUGAUUUCUGUGUGGAUAUGUGGCUGCGGGGUCAUCAGGUGGUCAUCGUCUGUGUUUUGCUGCAGGUGCCGGGAUGUUUCCCAUCAUGCCUCAUUCUGGGCUCUGUAGCAAACUGUGCCUCAAAGAACCUCCGCUCGGUUCCUCCCCUCCCCCCACACAUCACCCACCUCUACCUGGAGAUGAACCGCAUCGCUGAGAUCAACUCCACCUCCCUGUCCGGCCUGGAGGAGCUGCAGGAGCUGGACCUCGGACAACAGGCCGUACCUCUCGUGAUCAGGAACAACUCCUUCGUCGCACAACGACGUCUGCGGAAGCUGGAGCUCGGUUUCAACCUCGGCCUUCGACUGGAGCCUCUUGCUUUCGCGGGACUGUCCGGUUUGAAGGAUCUCCGUCUGUAUUACUGCUCACUUAAAGGGUCGAUACUUGAGGGGAACUUUUUGGAGCCACUGUCCUCCUUAGAGACUCUUGAUCUCUUUGGAAACCAGAUAAAAAGACUCAAGCCUUCAAUGAUAUUCGCAAACAUGAAGAAUUUGAAAGUUUUGAAUCUCAAGCUGAACCGAAUUGACCAAAUAUGUGAGUCGGAUCUGGUUGCUUUUAGGGGAAAGCACUUAGAAUAUCUGAAUUUGAACUCUGUUUAUCUGACCGCAAUGUCUACUAAAAGUUUCGACUGGAAGAACUGUGGGAAUCCUUUUAGAGAAGUGUCCUUCAAGAUACUUGACUUGUCCAACAAUGUGUUUAGCAUUUCAAAAGCAAAGCAGUUUUUCAGAGCCAUUGAGGGGACUAAGAUCAGUCAUCUCAAACUUUCUGGACCAAUGGGUAGAGGACUGUCCUUCAACAAUUUCAAUGAUCCUGACGGAAACACAUUUGAAGGCCUGAGAAACAGUUCAAUCCGCGUUUUGGAUAUGUCAAAAAACAGGAUCUUUACAUUGCAACAGGGGGUUUUCGGUCCGCUGAAAGAGGUCGCAAUAAUCGAUGUUUCCCAAAACAAGGUGAACCAGAUCCAAAGAAACGCCUUUGAAGGUCUCCAGGAACAUUUAACAAUGCUCAACCUGUCUCACAACCUGCUGGGGGAAAUCUACUCUCACACUUUUUCUUCUCUGACAAACAUGCGAGUGUUGGAUUUAUCUCACAAUCACAUUGGUGCUCUUGGUUAUGACUCAUUUGGAGGACUUCCCGAUUUGAAAAAAUUACUUCUAACAGGAAACUCUUUGCGAAAUCUCGGCUUCCCUGCAUCUCUGCCACGCUUAGAUUUGCUUCUGUUGAACGAUAAUAAGUUGGAGCCCUCAUCUGUGAGCAGUAUCACACGCUUUGCCAGUAAUAUUAUAUAUCUGGACGUUCAGGACAACAGAUUGACAGAUCUGGGGGAUGUUUUCACCUUUCUGACCGAGCUCAGACGCCUCAAGUUACUCUACAGCGGAGGAAACAGAAUCAGAUUCUGCACGCUCGGUAGAGUUUCAGCGAGUCGUUUGAGUAAUGCCACAAACCUGGAUCUUCACGGCAGCUCUCUGCGGUCUAUCUGGUCUCAGGGGAGAUGCUUGAAUCUGUUUGACAAUCUCCAACAUGUGCUUGGUCUUAAUUUGAGCUUCAACGCCCUGCAGUCCCUUCCUCAAGGCGUUUUCAAGGGUCUUACCUCAAUGGUGGAGCUCGAUCUCUCAUCCAAUUCCUUGACUUACCUCCGAUCUGAUGUGUUUCCCGAAAGUCUCAAAAUUCUCCACCUGACCGACAACUUCAUAACCUCCCCAGACCCGGACGCUUUCCGUUUCCUCAGAUGCCUCAACCUUGAAGGAAACCGCUUUCACUGCGAUCAAAACCUGAAGAACUUCCUGACCUGGCUGAGUGCGACAAACAUCACCUUCAUAAGUCCAGUUCAGGAGCUCAGGUGUGAGUUCCCCUCCGGUUUCUAUAAAGUUCCUCUGUUAGAGUAUUCUGUCCAGGUCGUGCAGCAGUAAAAAUCACUGCACGCUGUUGAUACAACAGGUGUGCCACAUAUAGAAGCAAACACCUUGGUUGCUGGUUGGACUCUGACCUGAGAUCAUUUGGUUCAUGUCUCCCCCACACUUCCUGUCUCUCUUCAGAUGUUCAAUCUACAAAGGCAGAGGCCAAAAAAAAAAGUAAAAUAAACAAAAAUUCAGAACAAAAAAAAAAUGUUGAUUGCAAAGUUAAAGAAAGUUGAUUAAUAAAGUUGUUAAUAAACAUAACUUGAUGCAUCGUGUUGAUUUUAACCUCUUUAUAUGUUUCCUUGGUUGCUGGAUCAAUGAUUAAAUUAAUCAUAAUAACCAUCAUCAUCAUUUCUGUAAUACAUCAAUCUACAUCUACAUCAACAGGUUAUGUACAUUUCUUGUAUAAAUCUAUUUUUAAUUGCACAGUUUAAGUUUGUUUCAUCUAGGGGUAUUCUUUAAAUCUUUUUUCAGGUUAAUAUAUAUGUAUGAGAGAGGGGGGAGGGGGGCGUUGGUUUUGCGGUUUAAUUUGUAACUAAUGUUUCAUGUCAUGCACGUCUUGUAACCUGCUACUGGAUGCUUUGAAUUUCCCUCGGGAUCAAUAAAGUAUCUAUCUAUCUAU